UUCGUGACCUCAUCCGAGAGUACCACGACGUUUUCCCAUCGUCGUUCUCGUACGCCGGCAUCCCACCGAUGCGUGACGUCGAGCACUCCAUUCAGCUCGUGCCUGACUAUCGUGUUCACCACCAGGCACCCUACAGACUCUCGAUUCCCGAGGCCACCGAACUCAAGCGUCAGCUUGAGGAGCUCCUGAGACAGGGUUUCAUUAAACCCAGCAACUCCCCGUGGGGUGCACCCGUCCUCUUUGCUCGCAAAGCGGAUGGAACUCUUCGUCUCUGCAUCGAUUACCGCAGCCUUAACCGCUACACGGUUAAGAACAGCUACCCCAUGCCUCGUUCCGAUGAGCUGUUUGACCGUCUAGCAGGCAACCGCUUCUUUACGAAGAUUGAUCUUCGUAGCGGUCACCCCGAAGGUCCGUUUUGGGAGCGGCUAUGGCGGACUCAGAGAGAGAUGGAGCUAGGGUUCAUUUUCCAGAACCACUUCCGUGAGCACCCAGGCUUCACCGCGGAGGACGCAAGGGAUCACGUCGAUAGAUGUGGCUUGCCGGCGUUUUGGUUUCACAAUGUGUCUGAACUGUUGCGCAUUAUUUGGCUGAACUUGUCAACCCUAUCGGUGAAAUCCUGCGAGUCUAACGAUGAAGAUCCUGUGAGAAUGAACCGGGGGCAGCUGACUAUGUCACUGGAGGCUCUUUAUGAGCUAUCACGGUUCCGGAAUACAGACCUAGGGCAUGGGAUGGCGGAAGUCAUUCAAGACAUACCCCAGGCAAAUCGGUUCGCCAUAGAUGUCGACUGCGGUCGAGAUCUGGGCACACCACUGGGGUAUCUGGUUCUCAGACGUGUGCUGCACUGGACGACUUACCCCUUAUGCGCCAAAGAGGUCCGACUCGCUGCAUUCAUCGCGGGGCGACUGGCUUCGGGCCUUGCUGUGCUCCCAUGGCAGCCCUGGCGAAACCAGACGGAUGCCGAUCAGGACAUGAGACGGUUUUACACCCACUCGGGAUAUGAACUGGUCGAGGACUUGUUCAAUCUAUUGGAUGGGUGUGCAGAAGAAGGGGAGGAAGAGACAGAGGCAGAGGCAGAGGUAGAGGAAGAGGAAGACAAUGACAAGCUCCGUCUCCAAGAGACGGCCCUUGGCGCAAUCUGUUCUUUCGCACAGGCUGCUAGCGAGUUAAAUGCCCGUAUAGGUUGGUUGGAGAUGGAGCGUCCUCCACCGAGCAGAUUUUGCAAUGCUUUCUCCACUCUAGGGCCAGGGGAUUGGCCAUUGCAGACGCCCAUACCCAACUUCGGCCGACCGGAGGUCCGGGCCUUCAUCGGCAAGAUAGCGUCUCAGCUGAAUUCCAGCCGAACGCAGAGACUUCUACUGGAGUUUCUGGAAGUCGGAAAGCGGAAGCCGUCUUUCGAGAAGCUCUUGGCGGACUCUCAUCCGGAUCUUCGCCUACCUGUUCAGCCCGAGGAUGGUCUACUGGCAUCGGUUCGAAAUGAGGCUACAAGAGUUUCCCCCCUCUCUCUGCUCACUGCCGCCUCCACUCCCUCAUCCAUGCGCGAUACAUCUUCCUCUGAAGGGAUUGAUGAUUCACUGCUGCGAGAAGAAAGAGAAAUCAGGUCUCUCCGCUUUCUCGAAGCUGCACGUGGUCAAGAUCUGCAUCUGUCAGGACUUCAGAUACAUGGAUGUGGAGCUCGCAGAGCUUCUGGUUCACACUGUGAUGCCUCCGCAGUUGGGCUAGCUGCCGAUGUGCUAGAAGUGUUGCUCUCGGACCAGCUUUGGAAAGCAUCAGUCAACACAAUGGGCUCGCUGACCAGACCAGUUCUGGCCAACAUUCAGGACUGCAAGGAGGUUAUCUCGUAUAUGUGCUGGGAAGCCCUUCAAUUCUGCAGAUGUGUACUCGUGCAGUUGCGUGUCCAAAGAGCGACAGCGAAGGACGGGUGGUUAAAGAGAUAUUGGGCUAUUUUCCACCUAUGGAUGGUUGAACCGUGUGGUAAUCCUGCGUGGAGGCCACCUUGUACAUUCGGAGAGACUGUUCACAACGAGUGUCACAGGGACGACACGUUAGGGAUGGAGGAUUUGGAGGAAGCUGUUCAUACUUUUCUCCUUCUUCGAAGUGUGACUCGCAUCCUUCGACUGCUUGUUUGUCACGAGGGAAUGACGGAGGAGACCCUAUCCCAUCUAUCUUCCGAAUUCUGGUCGCUGCCCGUCCUGCGACGACGACUCCUGAUUCUUCGAUAUCCCCCGGACAGUCUUAAGCUGCCGACUCAACUGGGACUAGAUGCAUUGUCUGCCAGAUGCAUGGCCGAGAUCAGGUCGAAUAGUGCCGCCGUGAUCGCGACGCUGCUUAGGCUAAUGGUUCCCAAUCAUGUAGCUGGACUGGAGCCAUUCCUGGAAGCUUACUGGGCACAGCUUCGGGAGUGGCAACAGCAGAGGAAGUCAAAAGGUGGUCCCGGUUCCGACUUCAACGGCUUACUCCGAGUCAUGCACCAACAUUCGGACCUUUUCCAGCACCCGGAGCAGCGGACAAUUCAGCGAACAUGGACUGCCCAGAAGACUUUGAGGUCAGUCCCGAAAAAGCAAGUUCUGGAGCAGCUGUUAAGCUAAGGCUAACGAUGCGGGGUCCUGAUGAUUGCCGCACUGUUUAUUGUCACAGGAAGUUUGGAUAAGCAUCGGUGUCCCAGGAGC